AAGACAGCACAUACUCCAGGAAGCAUCAUGGGGUUUGGAGCUUUGUGCCUCAUUCUACUAUAUGGAUUUAUUGGGUCCUACGCGCAGCCUCAUUGCAGCCUGAUAACACCCAACGUUCUGCGUGUGGACAGUGAAGAGACCAUUAUAGUAGAUGGACAGGGGACUGCGUUUGUUGCUGACAUCACAAUCCAAGACUUUCCCCGAAAGAGAUUUAAUUUAGUUACAAGCAAAGUCUCAGUGGACAGCAAUAACAACUUCUUUGGCAAUGUUAAAUUGACGGUCCCCUCAAAUAACUUGGAGAAAAAUCCAGACAAGAAACAAUUUGUGUACGUCUCUGUAAAGUCUCCCUCUUGCAACCUGGAGAAACCUGUCCUGGUGUCCUUCCAAAGUGGAUAUAUCUUCAUACAGACUGACAAACCCAUCUACACCCCCGGGUCUACAGUUCUAUACAGGAUUUUUACUAUGACCCCAAAUCUAAAACCAGUGACCAAGCCAGUGACCAUCGAAUUCCUGACUCCAGAUAAUGUAAUUGUCAAAAAAGACCUAGUUCAACAAAUCAACAAAAAUGGAAUAAUUUCCUUGUCUUAUACACUGACUGAUCUAGUAAGUUUGGGACUAUGGACCAUAUCAGUAAAGUUUGAGGACACCUUAAUACAGAAUUAUACCACACAAUUUGAAGUGAAGGAAUAUGUUCUACCAAGCUUUGAAAUAAAAAUAAAAACAUCUAGGAAUUUUUUCUACUUUAAUGAUGAAGAGCUAAGGGUGGACAUAGAGGCCAAUUAUCUCUAUGGUAAACCUGUACAUGGCAAGGCCUUUGUUCUUUUUGGAAUCAAGAAAGACAAUGAGAAGAAUAGUCUUCCAGAUACUUUAAGGAGAGUAGAGAUCUCCGAUGGUGAAGGUUUUGCUGUUUUGAAAAGACAAGACCUGGUGAAAUAUUUUCAACAAGAGAAAGACAUGUUACAGUGGAGAAUAUAUGUGUCUGUUACCGUCAUUACUGAUUCAGGCAGCGAUAUGGUGGAAGCUGAGCUGGAUGAUAUUCAUAUUGUGACUUCUCCAUAUAAAAUUCUUUACACAAAAACAUCCAAGUAUUUCAAGCCUGGAAUGCCAUUUGAUCUUAUGGCAUUUGUCACUAAUCCUGAUGGGAGUCCUGCUCAUCGCAUCUCUGUUGUAGCAGAACCUGGAAAUGUGAGAGGAGCAACACAGGAAGAUGGAACAGUUCGUUUGACCCUAAAUACCCGCUCAGACAUGAACGGGCUGGAGAUAAAAGUUUCAACAACAGAUGAAAGAUUAAAAAAUGAACAACAAGCUUCUGCCACCAUGGUGGCCUCCCCAUACAGACCCAUUGGUGGCAACUACUUACAUCUUAGUGUCGCAGGAGGAGAGCUGAAACCAGGAGACAAUGCUAUUAUCAACUUUAAUAUCCGGAACAAUGACGCCGCUGUCGCAAAUCAGAUCAAGCAAUUCAACUAUGUGAUAAUGAAUAAAGGUAGAAUAAUGAAAGUGGGGACACAGGAGAGAGGGAUCGGCCAGGCUCUUGUGAUAAUGUCACUGCAAGUAACAGAAGAAUUUAUCCCAUCAUUCCGAAUUUUGGCAUACUAUACCGUGACUACCGGAGCAGGUCGGGAAAUUGUGGCUGACUCUGUUUGGGUUGAUGUGGUGGAUACCUGUAUGGGGACGCUGUUAAUAACAGGAGAAAAGGACAGAGACAACGCUAUUCAGCAACCUGGAGGCUCCCUGAAGCUGAAGCUACAAGCAGAUCACAAGGCGGCUGUGGGACUGGUGGCGGUGGAUAAAGGUGUUUAUGUGAUCAACAAUAAAUUGAAGAUCUCCCAGAAAAAGGUCUGGGAUUCAGUGGAAAAAUACGACAUUGGCUGCACACCAGGGAGCGGUGCCGAUGCGCCAGGAGUGUUUUAUGAUGCCGGCCUUGCCCUGGAGACAAGCUUUAAGAUGACAACUCCUCAGAGAUCAGAGCCUUUAUGUCAACCAAAACUAAAGCGUAGACGACGAUCUUCAGCUCUACUGAUUCAAGAACAGGACAAAAAAGCAUCGCAAUACAUAGGACUGGAGAGAAGGUGUUGUCAGGAUGGUAUGAUUGAUAACCCCAUGGGUCACAGUUGUGAACGUCGGAUUCGCCACAUCUUGGAUGGACAAAAAUGUGUUGAUGCUUUCCUGGACUGCUGCAAACACAUUGCCAAGCAAAGGGAAUCUGAGAGAAAACUAAAAGAAAAUGAUCCAGAUGGAAGAAGUGAUGAGGAUAGUGAUUAUAUAGAUGACGCGGAUAUAAUAUCCAGAUCACAAUUUCCGCAAAGCUGGCUAUGGAAGGUGGAGACAAUGGAUGGAAAACCAGAUGACAAAGGAAUUUCCACAAAGUCUCUUUCCGUUUUCUUAAAAGACUCAAUCACCACAUGGGAGGUUUUGGCUGUGAGUCUGUCUGAAAAUAAAGGUAUCUGUGUGUCUAAACCUCAUAAUAUCCAGGUGAUGAUGAACUUCUUCAUUGAUCUGAAGCUUCCAUAUUCUGUGGUGAGAAAUGAGCAAGUAGAGAUACGGGCAAUUCUCUACAACUACGGCAACAGUCAAGUUAAGGUGCGCGUAGACUGGACCUACAAUGAACAGUUCUGCAGUCUCUCUACUGCCAAGAAGAAGUAUCGGCAAGAAGUAACCAUCCAGCCUUCCUCAUCGGUGGCUGUUCCAUUUAUCAUUGUGCCAUUAACACUGGGAAAUCAUGAGAUUGAAGUAAAGGCAGCCGGACAGUUAGUAUCUGAUGGCGUGAAGAAAACGCUAAAGGUUGUGCCUGAAGGAAGACUUCUGACACAGACCCUGAAAUCGGUUGUUUUGGAGCCAGAAGGAAAAGGUGGAGUGCAAGAAGAACUGAUCUCCGCAGUAGAUCCCAAAAAUAUUGUCCCCAAGACAGACGUUGACACUAUCGUUACCAUCCAAGGAAGCCCAAUAAGUGAAAUGGUGGAAAAAUCCAUAGAUGGUGGUAAUCUGAACCACCUGAUCAAUGCCCCUAUUGGAUGUGGAGAACAAAACAUGAUGAGUAUGACAUCUCCCCUAAUAGCCAUACACUACUUGGACUUCAGCAACCAAUGGGAAAAAGUAGGACUAAAGCGUAGGGAAGAAGCCAUUCAGUACAUCAAAAAUGGUGUAACUCAGCAGUUGACAUUCGCAAAACAAGAUGCUUCAUAUGGUGCCUGGAUCAACACACCGUCCAGCACAUGGCUCACUGCGUACGUGGUCAAAGUAUUUUCCUUGGCUUCAAGUCUUAUAGAUGUUGAUAAAAAUUUGAUAUGCAAUUCAGUGAAGUGGCUUAUUCUAAACAAGCAAAAUCCGGAUGGGGAAUUCAGAGAAGAUGCACAUGUCUAUCAUCAGGAGAUGGUGGGUGGUGUAACAAAAGGUUCUGCUGAGCUGGAUUCUAGUCUCACAGCCUUUGUACUUGUCGCCUUACUGGCAAGUGAACGGUCCUGUGCUGACCAAGUUGGAAGUUUACCAGGAGGCAUUGAAAAAUCUAUACGAUAUUUGAAUGACAAAUAUGAAACCCUGAAGAAACCGUACUCCAUAGCCAUCACCUCAUACGCACUGGCUAAGGCUGGCUCUCUCAGGGACACUAAUAAACUAAUGUCGGCAUCUACAGGCAACACUCACUGGAAUGAACCAGGCUCCCGCUUCUUAUCCCUUGAGGCUACCUCCUAUGCACUUCUCACGCUCUUGAAUCUGAAGGAGUUUGAGAAAGCUGGACCAUUAGUGAAAUGGCUAACCGAGCAGAGAUACUAUGGAGAAAUUUGGGGAUCAACACAGUCUACAAUGAUGCAGUUUGAAGCCCUUGCUCAGUAUCAGAUGGAUGUACCAAGUUUUAAGGACUUGGAAAUGGAUGUCACCUUCAAGCUUCCGGGGAGAUCCCAAAGUUCAACUCAUCGACUCAAUCUUCAAAAUGCCUUGCUGGCCCGAUCUGAGCAGACUUCCCAAAUUGGAGACUUUGUAGUCACUGCGAAAGGAAAGGGACAAGGCACUUUGAGGGUACUGACUGUAUAUUAUGCCCUUGAAACAGAGAAGGAGAAAAAAUGCAACAAUUUUCAUUUGUCAGUGACAGUUAAUGACGAGCCUAAUGCUAAGAGACCUGAUGGGGCCAAGUCAACUGUUUCCAUGACUAUCUGUACCAGAUUUCUUAAGGACUCCGAUGCCACCAUGUCCAUCCUGGAUAUUUCUAUGAUGACUGGUUUUUCACCAGAUAUAAAUGACCUCAAUAGGCUUAAAAAAGGAGUGGACAGAUACAUCUCCAACUUCGAAAUCAAUAAGGGCGCAUUUGAUAAGGGCACUUUGAUUCUGUACAUUGACCGGAUUUCCCACACAGAGGAUGAAUGUCUGAAAUUCAACCUUCAUCAGUACUUUGAAGUAGGACUUAUUCAGCCUGGCUCUGUCACAGUUUAUGACUACUACUCUCCAGAAAACCGUUGCACUAAAUUUUACCACUUGGAGGAAGGCAGCAAACUUCUGGGCAGAAUCUGUAAAGGAGACGUGUGCCGCUGUGCAGAAGAGAAUUGCUUUAUGCAGCAACAGCUGGAAGGUGUAGAUGCUCUUGUCCGAUUAGAAAAGGCUUGUGAAGCUGGUGUGGAUUAUGUCUAUAAGACAACACUGACCGCCAUUGAGAAGGCUGAUAACUAUGACACCUAUGUGAUGACAGUUCAGACAGUCAUUAAGGAAGGUACGGAUAUAGUUGUUGCAAAUGAGAAGCGGAAUUUUAUUAGUCAUUCCAAAUGUAGAAAAGCCUUAAACUUGGAGAUAGGCCGAGACUAUGUGAUCUGGGGAGUGAUCAAAGAUCUGUGGAACACCGGUUCUGGACAUGCCUACAUAAUAACCAGGGACACAUGGAUUGAGAUGUGGCCAAAUGAUCGGGAAUGCCAGGAGCCUGAGUACGCUGAACUCUGUGAAGAAUUCUUUCAGUUUUCAGAUGAGCUGGAGUUCCGUGGCUGUAUCAGAUAAAUUUCCUUUCCCUGUAUACAGAGCUGUAUUUACCAUUAGGCACCGUGGGCCUGUGACUUGGGCAGCAGUAUUGAGAGGGUCAGCAGUUUGGGAAAAAGAAAAAAGAUGAUAAAUACUUUUACUGUAGCUGUUGCCACCAUGCUGCAGCCAGAAGAAAAAAAAAAUAUUUCCCCAAUUGGGUUGAAUUUUACCUGCAAAUUUGCAGCCACUCAUUAUAUUGUGGAUGGUGAAACUGCAACAAAAUCCACAUGUAACACAUUUGCUUUUUGCGGCCUAAAAAAAAGAUCUGAAUGAAAAAAUUCCAACGCUUGUGGAAUCACCCUAAUGGGGUGUAUUCAGUCCGAGUGCUUAGGGCAGUACAAGCUAUAAAUACAACCAUGUCUGUAAAUCCCUAUUUUUUAUAUUCUUUUCGCAUAAACUUUGCAUAAAUGAACGAAUAAAUGUUUUU